CGAUGAAUAGCACCCAGUAGCUCUUUGUUGCCUUUUGUAAAGCAGUAGUGUGCUUUGUUUAAAUUCGCUUUGUAUUGUUCCUGUGCUGAAUCUAUCAGAGUAAUGAUCGAGAACACGGUCAAAUUUCGUUUUCCUGCGUUGGCACCGCGGCCAACAUGGAUCGAAAUCACCGAUUUCUUGAAGCAGCUGAAAUCCGAUGUCAUGGAUAUGGAAACCGUUUACAAGAUGGAGGAGGAUAGAAGUCUAUCUAUCAAGAUUAAAACGGCAGCGGCAAUGGAGGAGGCGUUGCGAACAAAUUCAGGACCUGUCAAAUUCAGCUAUUCCAGCGGAAAAACGGUUGACGUUAUCAUGUCACGUGCCGGAAGUAACGUGCGAUACGUACGAGUAUUUGAUAUUCCCCCGGAGGUAUCUGAUGAGGAUCUGUCGUUGGUCCUGGGAAAGUAUGGCAAAAUCGAAAACGUUAUCCGUGAAAAGUUGCCGCCGAACCUAAGACUCGAUCAUAUGUUCAACGGAGUGCGAGGUUUGCAUAUUGACGUGGAAAGCGAUAUUCCAUCAACGGUGCAAAUCCUCCAAUGGAAAGGGAAGGUAUUUUACGAGGAUCUGAAGAAUAAGUGCUUUUUGUGCCAACAGGAGGGGCACCGUAGAAACAGCUGUCCGCAACGACAAACACGGAACCAAAAGGCAAAAGGAGUGGAAGCUGUUUCCAGUAGCUAUGCUAAUGCCGUCAUUUACGGUGGUGCAGCGCAAUGUCAACAGGAAGUCGUAAAUGAAGAAAAGGAAGCCAUUGAAGAGGAACAAAUGGAGAAUGGGGAAGCGGAAGCGGAGGAACAAAGCGGAUAUCAAGGAGCAUUGAAAGUGACGGAGUCGGUUGAGCAUCGAAGCAAGUAUGAAAAGACAUUGGCGGAAAAUUGGGCGAAACACGAGGCGGAAAAGCGUAAAAGACAAGAAGAAUUUCGAAAACAGGAGAAGUCAAUGCAGCGGAGAUAUCAAGAGGAUCUACGGGCGAAAGAGAAGGCGCAAAAGGAGCGGUGGGAGAAGUAUGAAAAGGAGCGAAGAAGUAGGCAGGAGAAAUAUCAUCAGGAAUCAUCUCAACAACAGCAAGUACUUCCAGUGGAAAGCAAUCUACAGUCUCCACCCAAGAAGAACGCUCGUAAGCAGUGAUUAAGUUUUUUUUCUUUUA